AUGCUUAUUAUCUUGAAUGAAGUGCAUCGAUUCUACGCUCGUGGACGUGUUUACGUACAAUUCAUCAUUAUUCCUCCUCGUCGAUAUUGCGUUGAUGCUUUGAAAAAAGGCAAUGAAAUAAUAUUCUCCGACAACGUGGAGAGAACACUAAGCUGUGCUCUUGUAAUAAAUACCAAAAUCCGUUCAUAUCCAUGGACAGAUGUGGCAAAGUCGUUAGGAAGUUCCACUGUCUUCACCAUCGAUCGAAGGCUACUACUAUCCAUAUACUGCCUAUCAACAGCUGUGCUGUCACAAAAAAUCGGACCGCCCGGGCCACUUUCGUCACAUUUUGUCGAUUGGUUGAUUGCGCACGGCUACGAAAGCGACAACUUUGAUCGACCGGACGUCGGUCCAAAUGGGAGUUUCGGCGGUAAAAAACGAGCUACGGAACAUAUAAGAAAUGAGCCAGUGAUUUUCAUCCAUGGGAACGGAGAUGCUGCUUUACAUACGCAAGCACCUCUAGCGACCGGAUGGAGCAGAUCUAUUCAAUAUUUUAUGGAACAAAACUAUACAGAAGGAGAACUAUAUGCUACUACAUGGGGAGAUGCAUGGGGGACAGGAUCGAUCCUUGACAGUUACAGUACAAUGCAUACUUGUAGUAAUUUGCUAUUCCUUCGCAGAUUCAUCGAAGCUGUACUGUCCUACACAGGUGCUCGAAAAGUUGACGUCAUCGCUCAUUCGGUCGGCGUUGUUCUCGCCAGAAAAGCACUGAAAGGUGGCUCUCUUAUUGGAACCGACGGUAACUGCACCCUUGGACCACCGCUCACCAAUAAAAUCGACACUUUCGUUGGUAUCGCUGGACCCAACUAUGGAUUGUGCGUUUGUCAAAUGGCACAAACCGUUCCAGCAUGGUGCAACGCCCUCGAUGGCUUGUAUCCAGGAUAUACUUGUCAGGAUCAGCUCUUGUGCGGUUACACUUCUGGGAACUGUAAACAAGAGAACUACUCUGCUCUUCUUGAAAAACUUAACAACGAUCCAGUUCGUGAAGCUGAACACGUUUAUGCGAUGUGGAGCGACGUUGACGAAGUGUUGUUAUUCCGCGGAAUGACAUGGGGAAAACCGACUUCACGAAUUCCUGGCAUGAAUGGACGAUGGGUUUCUGAUCGAAAUGGUCACGUUGCGAUGAAGGACCUUACAGAGUUGCGACAAUUCGAAGCUGUUGUUCAUCAUUCCAUUUAA